CAAAACAGAAAUAACGGUAGCUGUAAACCCAAGGAAGUUUACUCUUAAUUGAAAAUAUCUGGGCAGCUUUUCCACGUCGUCUAUCAAAAAGUAACCAGCUGAAGGCAAAUUUCCAUCAUGUCGAAUAUGGAAAAGCACCUGUUCAACCUGAAAUUUGCUGCUAAAGAGCUUCAGAGGAACUCCAAGAAAUGUGACAAAGAGGAGAAGGCGGAGAAGGCCAAAGUGAAGAAGGCCAUUCAGAAAGGCAACAUGGAAGUGGCACGGAUACAUGCAGAAAACGCAAUUCGACAGAAGAACCAGUCUGUGAAUUUCCUCAGGAUGAGUGCGAGAGUGGACGCAGUGGCCGCGCGUGUUCAGACAGCAGUGACCAUGGGCAAGGUGACUAAAUCCAUGGCAGGAGUUGUGAAGUCGAUGGAUGCUACUCUGAAGACGAUGAACCUGGAGAAGAUUUCAGCUUUGAUGGACAAGUUCGAGCACCAGUUUGAAACUCUCGACGUGCAGACAGCCCAGAUGGAGGAUACAAUGGGCAACACAACCACGCUGACUACACCACAGAAUGAAGUGGACUCUCUGAUGCAGGAGAUGGCUGAUGAGGCUGGGUUGGAUUUGAACAUGGAGCUGCCCCAGGGUCAGACCGGCUCCGUGGGCACCAGUGUGGCAUCAGCAGAGCAGGAUGAGCUUUCACAGAGGCUGGCCAGACUACGGGACCAGAUGUAGAGCAACAUAUCUGCAAGUGUGUGUGUGUGUGUGUAGGAGAGAAUGAGUGUCUCUAUGUGCAUGCGCACAUGAGUGUGUGUGUGUGUGUGUGUGUGUGUUUCCAUGCCUGCAGCAGCGAUCUCGUUCCGAUGACUGCUCUGAACUGGAAAGUGUAAUAAAACUGACUCCAAACUCGCAGUACCCCGCUCUCUGCCUCAUGGUGGCGCUGAAGAGGGAGUUUUCUGUCUCUCUGUCAGAGAUUGCUCCACAGAAGAGGAUUCCCUCCUCCCUCCCUAGCUCCUCUGGUUGUUUAACAGUCUGUCUGUCUGUACGGACAGUGAUGGAGGACUUGUGUAUUAUGGUGUUAUUAAUCGCUGUUACUGCACUCAGCAUGGAUUUGCCUUGCGUUUGAGAAGAGUAUGAUUUACGGAGUCAGUGUAAUCUAACAGAGUAGCACAGUGUAGCACAGUGCUGUUUAGCUGUGAAGUACACAGUGGGUAUGUACAGUGCUGUUUUGCUGUGAAGUACACAGUGGGUAUGUACAGUGCUGUUUGGCUGUGAAAUACACAGUGGGUAUGUACCGGGGGGUGAAGAGCUAGCUGACACAUUUCACCCUUUGACAUGCUGUCAUUACUGGACAGCGUGGCCUCACUCCAUCACUGCUCUCCACUCUGCUGCAGACAUGCACCCAAGAGGGUCUCUCAUUUCAGGUCCUUCCAUAUCAAGGCUCCCUCGCACAUUCAUUUGGUAAGAUGUUUUUGUUUGUUAUUUGGUAAGAUGUUUUUGUUUGUUAUUUGGUAAGAUGUUUUUGUUUGUUAUGAUUAUGUGAAAAGAGCCACUGAUGAGGUGGACAGACAUUUAUGUAUCAUUGUCUCUGUGAUGCAUUGCUAAACUUUUGAUUCAGGGCUUUAUUAAGACUUUGAGUCAAUAAAGAUUUUUAACACAAAUGCUUGUCAAAGUACCACUAGCAGUCAUGAAGAUGGCUGUCAGAGAAGAGUGUAGUAAGUGACAGCCGUGUUUUUAUGGCCUGUGUCACUAGACCCGAGGCCCCGGUCCUCUCACGCGGUUCAGCCC